AUGAAGCAAACUCUUACUGGUGUUCUGCUGGCUUGUCUCAUCCUGGGACACCGAAUAUCUGUAGGAUAUUCGUAUCUUCUGGAUGCGGAUUGCGGCGCAUCGAAAUAUACCUACCGGAUAACUGGCGGCAAGAAUACUGCCGCGAUGCUCACUCCAUGGCUAGCCUAUUUGCAUAUAAACUCCACAUUCAUUUGUGGUGGCUCGCUUCUUAACCAUUGGUUUGUGCUGACAGCUGCCCAUUGUUUUCAUAAUGUGAGUGCUACGAUAUUAGUUCGAUUGGGAGAGAACGAUGCGAGUCAGAAAAUUGAUUGCAAUGAGUUUGAGUGUGCGGCCCCAUACUCCGAAUUUGUGGUGAUGCAAAGGUUCAUCUACCCAUUAUACAGAACAGCCCGCAACUACGACAUAGCUCUGGGAAAACUAAGCCGACAUGUUGCAUACACUGAUAGCAUACGGCCGAUUUGCUUGAUGCUGAAUCCACAAUGGCAGGGAUAUCUGGACACCGUUAAAUACUUCACCAUAUUCGGCUGGGGUGCCACCAAUGUAUCCAAAGUAAGCGUCAAGCUGCAGCAUACGAGAAUACCACAAAUCGAUCGGUUCUCCUGUCGCUACUGGUAUGGAUAUAAUGUGGAUCGAACCCAUAUUUGUGCCGGCGAAAGUAGACAUUAUGUGGGCACUGGCGACUCUGGAGGUCCACUGGGUAACCUGGUGGACUACAAUCAGGCCAAGCGUUUCUUUCAAUUCGGAAUCGUUAGCCAUCUACGCCAUCCCUUCCAAGGUGUUUCCGUAUUUACGAAUAUUUUAAGCUACUCACAUUGGAUCCAUCGAACCAUAACCGCAAAUAGCUUGUAAUAAACGCGGAAGCAACUGAAAUAAUCUGAAAUAAACUUAUACU